GACGAAAAUGCAGAGCCUAUACCAGGCCGCAGGCCGAAUUCUCAUUUCUCUGGGGGCUCUCAGUGUAUCCUCUGGAGUUACUGCUUUCUUCCCUGUCUUUUCGUACAAGCUUUGGUUCACGGGAUGGAGUGUCUGGAUUGCUUGCCCCAUCUGGAAUGGAGCUUUGGCCAUCACGACGGGCACGCUUCUGCUGUUGGCUCACAGAGAGCGGACCCGGACAUACCUGUGGGAAGCUAGUUUCACCUUUGUGAUUCUGAGCGCGAUGGGAUGUCCACUCCACUUUGCAGUAGCCUUGGAAUCUGCCCUCCUUGGCCCAUAUUGCUUCUACUCACUUUCAGGGAUUGCAGGGACCGAUUACCUCGGUUACGCGGUUGCCUUUCCGUUUCCGUAUGCAAAAUUCCCAUCAGUUUGUGUGGACCCACCACACUACGAAGAGUACCACCUGGCGCUUCAAGCCUUUGACCUGUGCCUGAGCUUUGCCAUGCUCUGUGUGUCCCUGACAGUGCUCAUCAAGCUUUCUGCAGGACGUAUCUGGAAGAGACACUCACAGAUCAUCAAGGUGCGUGGUUCCAGCCUCUAG